AUGACUCUAAGUCAGCCAUGGCGCACAGCUGUAGCAAUAUCCGCGGUGGCUCUUGCUCGCCUUGCGGCUGCAGAUAUCUGCUCGGUGAUCAAGCAAGAGGGCAUAGAGAUUGAACAGCCGCUGAGUCUCGACUACUCCAAGGACCUGACGAAAUAUUGGUCUGCUGCCUGUGGAGACCUGAAGCCGACAUGUAUUGUCGCUCCUUCGAGCGCUCUGGAGAUGUCGGCGAUUGUGAAGCAACUGCACAAUUUUGACGACCUCUUCGCCGUGAAGUCAGGCGGGCAUAUGCCCAACAAUGGCUUCGCCAGCAUUCAAGAUGGCCUGCUCAUCUCGACCAAGAAUCUUGAUCAUGUCAUCUACAAUCCCGAAGACCAGACUGCUAUCGUCGGUCCUGGACUUUCGUGGGAAGAUGCUCAGAAAGGCCUCGAUGGUACUGGUCGGGCACUCGUCGGUGGACGUCUUGGUGGCGUGGGCGUCGGAGGAUAUAUGCUCGGAGGCAAGUUGCAGCCCCUUGCGAUGGUUGACAUUUCACUGAUUCAGCUAGGCGGGUUGAGCUUUCUGAGUUCGCAGUAUGGCUGGGCAGCCAACAAUGUAGUCAGCUUUGAAGUGGUUCUUGCCAAUGGAACCGUGGUCAAUGCCAACGCGAAGGAAAAUACUGAUCUCUUCGCGGCUCUUAAGGGAGGCGGUAACAACUUUGGCAUUGUUACUGCAUACACUCUCCAGACGCAUCCUCAAGACCAUAAGGUAUGGGGUGGAAACUAUGUCUUUACACCCGAUAAGACGCCUCAAGUCUUGAGCGCUCUUCGUGAUUUCACCGAGCAUUAUCCCGAUGACAAGGCCGCUAUCAUUGUGACUUGUGAGCAUGGCUUGUUGAUCCACACCUGGAUCAUGUUCCUCUUCUAUGAUGGACCUGAGCCACCAGAGGGUGUUUUUACAAAUUUUACGGCAAUCGGACCGACCGAUACUACUAGAACCUGGGACAGCUACUAUGACUUGCUUAAAAACAACGAUAUCUUCAUUCUCCAUGGCCAACGGUAUACUAUUGCUACUGAGACUACUCCUCUGCCGAACAAGACCGUCGGCGCAGAGGUCAUGCAAACAUACUACGACCACUGGUUUAAUGUGACGAACACUGUACUUGAAGUGCCCAACAUGCUCGGGUCCAUUGCAUUCCAGCCAAUGCCUCGAAGUAUCACUAGCAAAGCCAAGGCUAGAGGAGGAGAUCUUCUCGACUUUCCCACAGAUCAAGACUAUAUUAUCAUUGAGCUAGACUUCUCCUAUGGUUUUGCGGCAGACGACUCUAAGAUUGAUGCUGCCAAUCAGAAUCUCUAUAACGGCUUUGAUAACAUUAUCAGCGACAACAUUGACAAGGGACUCUUGCCUGAUGUUUACCGACCACUUUUCAUGAACGAUGCGUACUUCCGACAGGACUAUUGGGGUCGUAUUCGCACCAGGGAGCAGGCAUUGCAAACCAGAAUUAAGUAUGAUCCAGAUGGAUUCUUCCAGAGGAGAACUAGUGGAGGAUUCAGGCUCCAUUGA